AUGCUAACUCCAUACCUCUUUCCUCAACCGCUGGAUGAAGAUGGCGUCGUGAACGCAACGAGCAGGCGAGAUGCACCAAUAUGCCGCCAACACCUCAGGAGAGGUGAGAUCGCACAGCAGCUUCUUGGAAAGGAAGGUAACUUCUCUGCGUACUUCAAGUUCUACGACGAUAUCGCGCAGCGGAACAACGAUUAUCACCUCACGAGCAACACCUCACUUUCCCUGCUGCCAAUGAAGAGUGACUGCGUCCUUCUCGCCGCUAGUGUCGUCAAAUCGAACGUCUCAACCACGAAGAGGGACAUUGAACAGCAUUACAAGAACAAGGCCACGGCAAAAUACUCCGGUCUCCAUUAUAGCAGCGUGGCUGUGAGCAUGGCUGUCCAGGCUAUGUUCAUGGUUGAUCCGGCGGCGAAAGAGUGGCAUUCGGCAGAUUUCGCGAUUGGAGACUACCGGCCAUCAUCGUGGCUGCAGAAUGAGACCCUGGAGGCAUACAUUCUGCGUCUCUUCCCAACAAGUCUGCCGAAUUCACAAGAACCCGCCAUGGACUAUCGUGCCUUGAAGGCGCACAAGUUGCAGAAACGCCUAGGGGUGCGUUUCCAACCGACGAACCAUCUGGACAAGCAUCUGCUGUUCGACGAAAGACGGAACCGACUUUACAUCUUUCAUCACGUUGCAUUCUUGAAGGCUCAUCUGAGCAGAUACGAGAGCAGCGAAGCCCCUCUAACUACAGGUCCAAGAGAGAGCCUUGAGGGUGGCACACUUCCACCUCGACUCCUGGUCGAGACACUAUACACCCUCCAGGCGGUGAUCUUUCCAUCCAUUGACCCUGAUUCGGCUGAAAUCCUGGAUGAGCUCAUCGAGAAGCGGAGUUUCGACCAAGCGUGCGCAGAAUAUGAGGGUUACAAAGUGUUCCGGAACCCUCCUCAGGGGUUCCGCUUGGUAUACUGGGAAAAGCGCAUGGCCCAUCUACAUCGGCUUAUGAGCAGUCGUCCGCCUCGAAAUAAGCUUGAAUGUUGGUUUCAUCGGCACAGUAACGACAGAAAUGCCCUCUUCAUUGCAUUGCUGGCUCUCCUUAUCUCGAUAUUAGUCGGGAUAGUCAGCAUUGGGUGGGGCUGCGUUCAGAUCUGGAUCGCAUGGAUGGUUUGGAAGUACCCGACGGCCCCUCAGCAAUAG